AAGACCCCACGCAACUCAAUGGCCAACCAAUCUGCUGUCUCUGAAUUCCUCCUCAUUGGUUUCCCGGGCCUCCAGCAGAGCUUCCAUAUUCCCGUCUCCAUCGCCAUGUUCCUCGUCUACAGCGUUUCCCUGGUAGCCAACAGCCUUGUGCUGAUUCUGAUCAUCUUGAAGAGAACGUUGCACCACCCCAUGUACAUCAUCAUCGGGAACCUGGCCUUCUCCGACGCGCUCUUUGACACGAUGACUUUGCCCAAGAUCAUUGCCAAGUAUUGGUUUGACGCCGGGUCUAUCUCUUACUAUGGGUGCGUCUUCCAGCUCUUCUGCGUCCAUUACCUGGGCACUAUUGACUCCUUCAUCAUUAUGCUGAUGGCUAUUGAUCGUUAUUUAGCUGUCUGCCACCCCCUCAGGUAUCACUCCAUUAUCAGCAAUAAGCUGGUGGUGAUUCUGUGCUAUCUCCUCUGGAUCGUCGCCAUCUUUAUUGUGUGCCCAGUUGCCAUUACGACAGCCCAGCUUCCGUACUGUGGGCCCAACGCCAUCAGGAACUGUUUCUGUUCCAACGUGUCCCUCACACCCUUGGCCUGUGCCAAUAACUUAUUUGCCGUACAGCUCGGUUACAUUAUUGCCAUGGUGGUUCUCCUCCUCCCGUUGGCCAUUAUCAUCCUCUCCUACAUUCUCAUCAUUAGGGCCGUGCAUUUAUUGGCCAGCGAGGAGAACUGGCAGAAGACCUUCUACACGUGCACCACUCACUUGUUUGUCAUCGCCUUGUUCUACAUCCCUCGGGUGUUUGUUUAUACUUCUGCUCAGCUCCGACUGAUCCUUAAUCCUGACAUCAACGUCCUACUCCUCUGUCUCUACACCUUCAUCCCCCACGCAGCCAACCCCAUUAUCUACUGCCUCCGAACCCAAGAAAUCAAAGAUAUCCUCAGGCGUAUGUUCCACAUUACAUUCCGCAUUAAAAUCCAACAGAAGUCGCCAGGGCUGCAAUGA